AUGCGGCUGCUAUAUACUGCGAGCGACGGGAGGCUUCGAUGGACUAAGGACUUAAUCGGGGAAAAGAUCCCCUCUUAUGCGAUCCUGUCGCACACCUGGAAAGAAGGGCAGGAGUUGACAUUUGCAGACCUGAAAGAUCUAUACAACGCAGCAGGUGUUGAAGCACAAAGCAAGGAGGGGUAUCAGAAGCUCCGCUUUUGCGCGCAACAGGCUAGGCAGGACGGUCUGGACUACUUCUGGGUAGACACCUGCUGUAUCGAUAAGACAAACAAUACGGAAUUGUCUAAAGCGAUUAACUCCAUGUUUCGCUGGUACCAGAAUGCUAAGAAAUGUUAUGUCUUCCUUUCAGACGUCGAGAACGACACUUUAGAAGGUGAUAGCGAGUUGGUGUUUAGGCAGAGUAGGUGGUUCAACCGAGGUUGGACCCUCCAGGAACUUCUUGCUCCCCACUCUGUUGAGUUCUUUUCGCAAUAUGGAACGCGGUUAGGCGACAAGGAGUCGCUCAAGCAUAUUAUAUGCGAGAUUACAGGGAUCCCUCUUAAAGCUCUGUCAGGGAGCGAUUUGUCCGAGUUUGACGUUGCUGAACGUUUCUCUUGGGCAGCGAAUCGACGGACAACAGAAGAAGAAGAUGGAGCGUACUGUCUGUUCGGCAUAUUCGGCGUUCACCUGCCGCUGAUCUACGGCGAAGGCAAAGCAAAUGCACUCGAGCGGCUGAGGAGUGUGGCUAUCCUCAAACACAAGGGCCGCAGCCAUGACCAAGAAGAAAAGCUUGGCAAGAUCUGCAGCUGGCUUUCGGCUCCUGAUCCAUCCACAAACUACCACAAAGCGCACAAGCAGCGGCAGGCUGAGACUGGACUCUGGCUGCUGGACAGUGCAUGCUUCGCUCGAUGGAAGGCAAGUGGAGCGUCGCGACUAUGGCUGUAUGGGAUCCCAGGAUGUGGAAAGACUAUUCUAAGCUCUACAGUCAUCGAGCACCUGCUCCAGCACUGCCACGUCGAUGCUAGUAUGGUGACGGCGUACUUCUACUUCGACUUCAAUGAUACACAGAAGCAGGACCCAGAGCUAAUGCUCCGCUCGUUGCUCCGCCAGCUCCUGCAGCGUUCGAUUAUGAUACCUAAGGGCGUUGACGCAUUGUUCUCAGCCUGUGAAAACGGACAGCGACAGCCAUCAUUGCAUGCUCUUCUGGAGCUGACACUGCAGGUGAUGCGGCAGUUCACGCAUGCUUACAUUGUUCUUGAUGCACUUGACGAAUGCACACAACGCCAAGAAUUAAUGUGCAUGCUCGAGACAGUAGCUGCGUGGCAGCUUGAGAAUAGACAUAUACUUAUGACUAGUCGGAAAGAGCGAGAUAUUGAGAGCUCUUUAGAGAGCUAUAUUAAGGAAGAAGACACCAUCUGUCUUCAAAGGGACGUUGUAGACAGUGACAUACGACGAUACGUUCAACAAAGGCUGUCUGACGAUAAGACUCUAACAAAAUGGAACAAAGAUGCCGCUAUUAGGCAAGAGAUUGAGGCUGCACUAAUGCAAGGAGCUUGUGGGAUGUUCCGAUGGGCUGUGUGUCAGCUUGACACGUUAGCGCAGUGUCGCAAUCGAGCGAUGCUGCGCAAGUCAUUGGCCGCUUUGCCGCAAACGCUAGACCAGACAUACGACCGCAUUCUCACUGCUAUAAGCGAACAAGACCGUGACUUCGCGAUACGCGUCCUGCAGUGGCUGACAUUCUCUGCGCGGCCGAUGUCAGUCGAAGAGAUUGCUGAGGUCGUCGCUAUUGACGUGACACGCGAGCCGGCGUUCGACCGCGAUGAAGUGCUAGAAGACCCGCUGGAAGCGCUGAAUAUCUGCUCUAGUCUUGUCACUAUCUCGACGAACAAGGCGAAAGGAUGGAAAAAAUAUACUCAGCGUAUCAUCUCUCUAGCGCAUUAUUCCGUCCAGGAGUAUCUUGUGUCAGAGAGGAUCAAGCAAGGACAGGCAAAGCAGUACAGCAUACAAGCGGUCGAAUGCCACAAUGCGAUAACAGAGGGUUGUUUAAAAUAUCUAUUGCAGUUCCAGCAACCAAUCUCAACGCACAUCCUUGAGGGGUUUGCGCUCGCAAGGUAUGCAGCUGAGUUCUGGAGCAGCCAUCUUCGAAAAGCAGGAGAUCAGACGGAUGCGGUGAGUCGGGUAGCGGUGAGCUUAAUGUCAAUAGAACAACCCGCAUAUCUCAUCUGGAUCCAGUUAUUUGAUCCAGACGAACAAUGGGAAGAACCAGACUUGAGAAAAGGUCUAGAAAGCAUAGCUAUACCGCGUUAUUAUGCUGCGUUGUUGGGCUUAAGCGCGAUUGCAAGAAUAUUGCUAGAUCAAGGCGCUGACGUCAAUGCGCCGGGUGGAAAAUGCGGUAAUGCACUAAACGCAGCUUCACAAGAAGGGCACAAGCAGGUGAUCAGGAUGCUGCUCGACAAGGGCGCUGACAUCAACGUGCAAGGUGGAGACUACGUCGAUGCACUAUGCCUAGCUUCACUAGAAGGCCACGAGCAGGUGGUCAAGAUGCUGCUCGACAAGGGCGCCGACGUUAACGCGCAGGGUGGAGACUACGACAACGCACUGCAAGCAGCUUCAUCUAAAGGCCACGAGCAGGUGGUCAAGAUACUGCUU